AUGGCAAAUCACACCAAUAGAAGACGAGGAAACCGCAGACAACAGGAGGAGCCCUGUCAGCCAAGUCUGUACUGUGAUCCGUCGACUAUGCGUCAGAGCACCUUUGGUCCUGAGCUUCCUGCCGUUGCUAGUGCACCUGUGCAUGACACUUUCUGUCCUAAUCUGCCUCAGGCAAACCAUCUCGCCAUGCGAUUGGAUCACCAGCAGAAGGAAGUGGAGAAUUGGAACAGAAUGCAAAUGGAACAGUUCCGUUUUCCAGGCCCUCAGCCGAUGUAUGAGGCACCUGGUCUAGCUCCUAAUGGACCUCCACUCAGCCCUGACUCUCGUGCUAUGUCACCAAUGUACACCAUGCCGCCAAUGCACUACGCACCCUACGCUUUGCCUGCAACUGGGCCCCUGAUUGUGGGUUCAGUGCAGCCCAGAAUCUCUGGAGAACGUGAAACAUUCCAGGGCCUCAAAGCAGGGGCGAGCGGGAACACCAGAAACUGCUAUCCCAGCUCUACUCUUCGUGGAGAUGCACCUGAGUUCGUCCCGAAAGCGAAACGCCAAGUGAAUGAGGCCCAGCGUUCGGUCCCAAAUGCCAAUACCGUGUUCAUUGUCAGUAGCACCGGUCAACACAUGAUGCGAGGACGGUGA